AUGAUGAGUGUGGAUGCAUAUGCGGAUGGUAUGGUGACUAAAUAUGGUGAUGAUAUUGAUAGCCAUCCUCCGUAUGAUCAUGAACUUUGGGUUAAAGUUACUGGAGGUAUCAAGAAAGGACGAGUACUUGGAUUUGGCUAUGUUUCUGAUCCACACAAGUUUAUCGUGCCUUCUCAAGCAGCCCCAAGUACAAGUACAAGUCCAAACAAUGUUUUUGUUGACCGUAUUCGUGAGGAGAUAAAGGAUGAGUUUAGGGCGGAAUGUGAAGAAAUCGAGGCCCAAAAACAAGAAAUUACCAAGAUUUAUAAUGACAUCCUAAAACUCACCCAAGGAAGUAACCUACCUAACUAA